GUCAAAAAUGUCAAAAUCAUAUUCCUUGUUUUGGGUUUUUUGAUACUGUCACCUAAUAAAAGGAUUAACAAAACAUUUAAUUAUUGCAAAUCAAACCGUGAAAUUGUUUGUACAGCGACAAUCUGCUUUAAAAAUAGGGUAUUUAUUUGGUCAUUAAAAAAAACCAAAAACUUCAUAAACCACUUUCUUUAAACAAGUAUUCCUGAAAAGAUCCAAGGCUAUCAAUUUCAAACUUAUUGGGAAUUUUAGAAGUGGUUUUUCCGAAGAUUAUGAUAAAACAGUGCUUCCAGACGCAGUAUUCUUUUUGUAUUUGAUUUUGAAACUAUGUAUGCCAACAAAUGCAAGGACUGUGGUUGUACAUGCAAGAGAUGCAUAUCCCAUGAUCACGAUGUUCAGCUUCACAUAGAGAUCGAAAAUCUCAAACAAAGGUUGUUAGAAAGGGAAAACCAUAUUGUAACAAUGGAAACUAAUUUUUUGAAUGAAACACACAAGCCUCCUAGUGGAGAGUUAGCUACAAUCAAGGAAGAAUUAUUAACGUGGCAGGAUAAAUAUAAAAGGUUAUAUGAAGCCCAUAGGAGAGUACAAAGAGUAAACCAAGGACUAGAAGAUAAGCUUUUAAAAUUAGUAGAUGUAUGUGAGACUGAAAAAACGACACUUACUAAGGAUGUAGCCACUUUAUCGCACAAAUUAGCCGAUGCCAACUACAGUGUCAAAAAAUUGAAGGAGGACAAUGAAAGGUACAAGAAUGAUGUUAGUUUAGCAAUACAAUUUUUACAGUGUAAACAAAGCAACUUUGUAGCACACAAAUACGACUCGUUGCCGCCUGAAGUGCAGUCCCAAGUCUCAAACUACAUGACUACCAAAAAGAAACCGGAGCAACCACGAGUCCCCCCAGAAAUUAAAAGCAUCAAGGUUCCCAUUCCGACCUUUCCUCCCACGGCGAUGGUAUAUUCGGUCCCAAAGUCCCCAAACCCCGAACGGAAGACCGAACCAGAACCUGAAUCUCCUCCCGUUGACAUCGUCUCAGCCGCGAUUAUGGCCAAAGUUUUGGAGGAAAGACAGCGGGAAAGAGCCGCUGUCAAACAUUGUGAUACAUGCACUUGUGCCAAAGGAGUGAAGAUCGUUCAUCAGCUGGAGUGUCACACUAUCGGCACGCAGACUGGGGAGUACAAGGAGAUGGUGUGUUUGAGGUGUAAUGAGAGUGUAUUGCCAAUGACUAGUAUGAAAAUUGUACGGACCUCAGAACCAAAAACUCACAAAGUCGUUCCUAUUUACCCUUUGGAGAACAUCGAGCCGGUUCUUAAUCAAGCCAACUAUAAUAUUGUCAAGGUUCAGCCCAAUAAUUUUUUAGCCGAUAAAAACGUCGACAUCACCAAAUCCCCUAGUCUGGUCGAUUCGAACAGAAUCACAUCGAAAAUUACUCCUAGUUCUGAUAACGUGAUUUUGAACGAAAUCAUGUCGUAUCAGGCUGUUAGCACACCAAAGGCUAGUGAAAAUGAAGAAAAACAUCACAGAUUGUGUGAUCAACUCAAACCUAAUUAUGAAAUGGAAUCGACCUCAGAAAAAGGCGAGUCUGAGAAUAAUGAAGAUGCUGGAAGUGCCAAGUUGUCUUCGCCGAGAGGCCCCCGAUACGCCUCCUUGAGAACCCAAGUCGGUAGCAGGAAUAUCCUUCUAGAUAACGCUCACAAUAACAUAGCACCCGUUCUUUUUACACGAUCUCAAAAACCGGUGCCAAAGGAAUCAGCCCCAACCCCAGACAGCUUAGAAACGAACUCUAUGCUCAGCGAGAACUCGACGCAAAACCAACAGCGCGUGGAGGACUGGAUCAGGAGUAAUAUCGAUAACGACAUCAGUAGCUCAGAAAAUUCCAGAUCGGAAAACGCCAAAGCUCAUUCUUCAGAAACCGUCGAUAAAGCUCGAUACGCCGAAAUGGAGGAGAACGUCAAAAGGUUUCUGUUUGGUAAAAGUGAAUUUUUAAAAACCGUAGAGUUGGGUAAAAAUAAGUAUAAAGAGUUUGAGGGAAAGGGAAGCGCCAAGGGAGCAGAUACUGUGAUUGACAUUUAAAUUUUGAGAGAUUUCAUUUGGGUAUAUAUUUUUUUAUAAAUACUGGAAGUAGUAAAUUGACUCUGUAAAAGGGGGACUAAUAAGUUGUUUAGACGUCGAUUGAAUGGUAAAAUCAGUUCUCUAAUUUUACUGAAGACCGCCUUGAAAUCUCAGCCCGUUUAAUUCUUUCAGGUUUGAUGGUUGUUAGUUUUGAUAUUUAGUGUAGGAAACAGAGGUUGAACCUCGCAAAAUGGACACAAGUCCGGUUUUAUUUUUUUUUUCUGGUAUAUCAAGGGGUGCUUGUUAUGAGACUAACUUUUUUUUUAAUUUCUCACCGGAAGCCCCCUUUUCAUCCCUUUAAAGGGGGUAAUUUGCCGUUUUUGCGAAAGGUAGCCCUUCCUGUACGUUUUGAAAAAAAUUUACUUAAUAGUAAAACUAAGAGGACUAUAUUUCCUACUAUUUAUUUCCCGACAGCAUAUGUCUAUCACCCACCGUUUAGGGGGUGGCGCCCCAAAGUUGACAAAUUUUUAAAAAAGAUGUUUAAAAAAAUUAUUUUUCCCUAACUGUAAUGAAAAUUAAGAAGAAACCCUGCGACAAUUAAUUACAGAUAAGUGGCUGAUUUUUUGAUAUAGGUUUCAUUUAAGGGAAAUUGCAAAUUUUUUAAUUACAGGGUGUUACAUUUUAAAAAACACCCCUAUUUAUACCAUCUGAACCGCUUAUGCUAGAGCAAAAAAACUUUCAGCGAUUAUCCAUGUACUAGUGUUAUUUACAAAUUUGUAUAAUGCACCCACACAUUUCCCCGGAACCACCCAAAAAAAAAGGAGAAUUAAUAAAGAAAAUAAUCAAAAAUUGAUUUUGGGCCACCGUUGCACUGUGGCUUUAGGGUGCAAAGAAAAUAAAAUAUGCAUAGAUCAUAAUGUGUAGCAGACAGUGUGUUCUUUUAUUUUCCAUAAGUAGGUUAUCCAUAAAUGAAUAGGUGACAAAAAAAAACACAAAAACUGGAGCCCGCCAAAGCAUUUCUGAGGUUUGCGGCGCCACUGUACCGUAACGGUUAAAAUGCAUAGGACCUUAUUUGUAGAGAAAAUAGUGGUUUUUAAUUAUGUAUAAGUUUUAUUUUAAAAACUGCAUAGGUAAUGAGAAAAUCGUCAAAACAUGCUCUCCAAGAGUAACGGUGGGCAGUUUCUGCAGUUUAUUUUCCAUUAAAGGGGUAGUUUCCGCAGGGAUGUUGCAGUAAUCAUUAUAUAUUUAUGGAAAACCCUAUUGAUGGAGCAUGUCCAUAUGGGUCUAAAGCAAAAAAAAAAAUUUUUAACCCUCCCUUUAUUUAUUUAUUUUUUUGGCUACAGUGUUUGCAUUAAGAAAUCGCUUUUGUUGUCCAUGCAUGGGUAAUAAGAACGUGGACAAAAUGAUAUAUGAAGCAUUUUAAUAAAGAGCAUGGUGUGCGAAGGAUUCCAAGAAAAUCACUUUCUUUAUUAAUUCUCCUUUUUUUGGGGUGGUUCUAAAAAAAAUGGGGCUGCAUUAUAGAAAUUUGUAAAUAACACCAGUACAUGGAUAAUCGCUGAAGGUUUUUUUACUCUAGCAUAGGCGGUUUAAAUGGUAUAAAAAGGGGUUUUUUAAAA